AUGUCCUCCCACCAUCGCACGCCUUCAGAAAGGAGCCCACUACUGACCUCCCGGGACCCACCCCAGUCCUAUGAUGCCGCAGAACACGAGUCGAUACCGCAGUCCCCGGACGAGUUCAAACCUCUCAACAAAGCUUCGAAAGGUGACCUCGCCUGGGUGCUCGCGGGUCUCUGGAGUGCCGUCUUCCUCGGCGCACUCGAUGGAACAAUCGUCGCGACGCUCCUCGCUCCCAUAGGGAGCUACUUUCACGAGUCCAACCGAUCGUCGUACAUCGGUACCUCGUACUUGCUCUCAGUAUGUUGUUUCACUCCGCUCUAUGGACGUUUAUCCGACAUACUAGGGCGGAAAGGCGCCAUGCUACUGGCCCUCUCCCUCUUCGGAUUUGGCACAUUGCUGUGCGGCCUUGCGCCCUCAAUGGAUGCGCUGAUCGCAGCGCGUGCGAUAGCAGGCAUGGGAGGCGGAGGCGUGAUGACAGUAUCGAGUGUAGCCGUGACCGACCUGAUACCACUACGGCAGCGAGGCCUCUAUCAGGGCAUGACGAACGUAUUGUUCGGUCUCGGUGCCGGCCUGGGCGGCCCUCUCGGCGGGUGGCUGAACGACACCUUUGGCUGGUGUGCGCCUCAUCUUUGUCAGAUGCCUAUUCUUCUGUUCUCCUUCAUUCUUGUGACAGCAAAGGUCAACAUCAAGUUGCCCGCAGAGAUUGAAAAUCAGCCUAUGCGCCUAAAGGUCCAGCGCAUAGAUGGCUUUGGCUCGCUCACGCUUGUGCUCACCGUCGGCUCUCUCUUGUUGGGUCUCAGUUUGAAAUCUACCGAGGAGCUGCCUUGGUCUCACCCUGUUGUCUGGGGUCUGCUCGUUUCCAGCGCGGUCUGGUGCGCGCUCUUCGUCAUGGUUGAGUCCCGGUGGGCCUCGUACCCAGUGAUGCCGAUGCGUCUUGUAAGGCAGCGAACACCGCUUGCCGUCUCGCUUUCCAACUUCUUCGGAAGCAUGGCUGCCUUUUCCAUGGUACUCAGGUCGCAGUACUUCUCCGCAGUGCGGCUGAAUUCGUCAACUGGUGCAGGCCUGCAUCUUCUUCCACACUCCGUGGCUAUCUCCACGGGCUCCGUGUUCGCAGGCUGGGUCAUGCGGCGGACCGGAAGGCUGUACACGCUUACCCUUGUAUCGUGUGCAAUGACCGUGGUUGCCGCAAUCACGGUCGCGUCUUGGAAUGACGAUACACCUACGUGGCAUCUCUGGCUCGAUAUUGUCCCACAAGGUCUCGGUAUGGCAAGCGUGAUCACGACCACCUUGAUCGCGAUGAUCGCAAGCGUGGUUAAAGAGGACCUUGCUGUCGCCACAGGAAUCACGUACCUCUUCAGGACCACCGGACAGGUGCUCGGUGUCAGUCUCAGCGGCGCGCUCCUUCAAGCGGUCCUCACGAACAAGCUGCGCGAGAGCAUUACUGGACCUGGCGCCCAUAAGGUAAGAGCCCUUUCCUCCAAGAUGAGCAUCCGGCACUCGACAAAUGUCAUCUCCGAACUGAGCCCGGAGCACCAGCAAGCUGCUGUGCACUCGUACGCGGAAGCGCUUCGCGUCGUCUUCAUCUGCCAGGCGGCCUGCAAUUUUUUCUGCCUACUCUGCUGCCUGCCGAUCCAGGAGAACAUACUACCGUGCGUUCACCCUUUUCUCUAUCUGCCUCUACCGGCGCUGAACGGAGAAAUAGUGGCAGUCACGAGGAGCAGGAGGCACACUACCGAAAACGCCAAAACUCAGAGUCGUCCUGCGCAUCAGACGAGACUCUGGCUUAGAUUUCCCUACACCUUUUUACAUUUUGGGACCGGGGAGACGCAGGGACAUCAUCACAUAUUCUGGACACAGUGUAGAACUGUAUCAUUAUCAUGUAAGUAUACCAUGCAUCACACAUACCACGCUGUCUUCGGUGCAAUACAAACGGGGAGCGACGAAUGCCGGAGAGCACGUCGAUGCAAGUCUACAAGGAGACUUGUUAACUGA